UUAUUGUGGAGAGAAUACCUUGCGACUUCAACAUGCAGGACCCUCCAUUUCAAAACAAUACAAACCAAGGAGAAAAAUCUCGUCUAAUGCAUGUUAUAAGUGAAUGCCACUAUCCGAAUCCUGGUCGUAGGAGAUCUUCUAGGAUUGAUGACCUACAAACAUUACGCGAAAGAUUGGAAAUUGCAGAAAGACAAGUAUUAAAAUUGGAGGAAGAAAUUUCAUCCAUAAAGAAAAUGGUGGAAUUUAAUUUCACCAAUGAAUUAAUUCUAAACAUAGUUAUGAAUCGCUCGACUACAGAUGAAGAGGUUCUACAAUUAAGGAGGCUAUAUCGUUUAAUUAACGAUAAUCAGGAUGACUCAGAAUUUAACGAAAAAUGGUCUGACAAUCUCGCAAGCUGGUUGAAGUUAAUCGAAUACAGCUAUGAAAAAGGACUAGACAAAAGUUGUUCCUUCAACUGUCAGCUCUGGGAGAACAUCAGCUUGCUGUUAGAACGUUAUGAAGAAAGUUUGCCAUCUGUUGACAUGGUGUCUACUUCCCCCCGUUCACCUUUAAUUUCUUCGGAUACUUCUGAAAUUCUUUCCAACUUUUCGUCCGACACCAAAAAACUACCACUCUUUGAGACUAACGUUUUUGACGUCCCUCUCGAAUUCGGUUCCGUGGAUUGCGGUAUAGAAACACCACAAACUCCCUCGGUUUUUUUGUUUCAAAACGAUGAUUUCCAACAUGCGACAGCCAACGAUUCAAUAGUUUGUGCAGAAGAAACUGUGCACAAUAAGUUCAGUUUAG